AUGGAUAUUCUAACUGUCUUGCCGUCCAAUUUUGGAUAUGUCAUAUUCACUUACAUCUACAGCUGGAUUAUGCUUGCAUAUCUAGCUAUAAAAGUUGGAGGAGCCAGGAAGAAGUACGACGUUAAGUACCCUACAAUGUACAGUGACAAAGAGCAAGUGUUCAACUGCAUCCAGAGAGCCCAUCAGAACACCCUUGAGGUUUACCCUCAGUGGCUUGUUUUCCAGACCAUCGCAGCCCUCGUCUACCCGUUAUCAGCAUCAGUGUUGGGAGCUAUUUGGGUUACCAGUCGGUUUUCAUAUGCCUGGGGCUAUUACACUGGAGAUCCCGCUAAGAGAAUGAAAGGUGCCUAUGGCUAUAUUGGAUACUUUGGAGUCAUCUUUCUGUCCAUAUCUGUAGCCUUGCAGUUGCUUCGAGUUUUUUGA